UGGAUUUUAUACCUAUUACUUUUUCAAAAUUUAUUAGAUUUAAGUUUAUUAAUUACUGUCUGAAAAACAUUUAGCAUGAAAAUAUGAACUUAUACACUUCCCUUCUUGCACAUUGUGCACACAAAAAAUCCUUAACUACCCUCAAAGCAGUUCACACUCACAUCAUCAAAUCUGGUUCCCUGUUCUCAUUUUUUGGUCACAAGCUCAUUGAUGCUUACAUCAAAUGCGGCAUUAUAGUCGAAGCACGCAAGCUGUUCGACGAAUUGCCUAACAGACACAUAGUUACUUGGAAUUCAAUGAUCUCCUCCCAUGUCAAACGUGGAAAGACCAGAGAAGCAAUCGAGCUUUAUAAAAACAUGCUCUUUGAUGGUGUUUUACCCGAUGCUUACACAUUCUCUGUGAUUUUUAAGGCUUUUUCGGAGUUGGGUGUUUUGCGCCAUGGCCAGAAGGCUCAUGGGUUGGCUGUGGUUUUGGGAUUUGAGGUGUCGGAUGGGUUUGUUGCAACUGCCAUUGUUGAUAUGUACGCGAAAUUUGAUAAAAUGAAGGACGCCCGUUUGGUGUUUGACCGUGUUUUGGAUAAAGAUGUUGUCUUGUUCACUGCUUUGAUUGUGGGGUAUAAUCAGCAUGAUCUUGAUAGUGAAGCUUUAGAGGUUUUUGAGGACAUGGUUGGUAGGAGAAUCAAGCCUAAUGAAUAUACUUUAGCUAGUAUAUUGGUUAGUUGUGGUAAUCUAGGAGAUUUAGUUAAUGGGAAGUUGAUUCAUGGUCUUGUUGUUAAGUCUGGUUUGGAAUCUGUUGUUGCUUCACAGACUUCACUUCUUACUAUGUAUUCAAAAUGCAGUUUGGUUGAGGAUUCCAUAAAGGUGUUUAAUCAGCUUAACUAUGCAAGCCAUGUCACUUGGACAUCUUUUAUAGUUGGUCUUGUGCAGAACGGGAAAGAGGAGGUUGCUGUGUCGGUAUUUAGGGAAAUGAUUCGUUGUUCGGUGAUUCCGAAUCAUUUCACAUUAUCUAGUAUUCUUCAUGCUUGUUCUAGCCUUGCGAUGCUUGAAGUAGGGGAACAGAUUCACGCCGUAACGCUGAAACUAGGAGUUGAUGGAAAUAAGUAUGCUGAUGCUGCACUGAUUCAUUUGUAUGGAAAAUGUGGAAACGUAGAAAAGGCAAGGUCUGUUUUUGAUUUAUUGACCGAAUUAGAUGUAGUAUCAUUCAAUUCAAUGAUUUAUGCUUAUGCGCAAAACGGCUUUGGACAUGAAGCGCUUCGACUAUUUGAAAGAAUGAAAAUGUUGGGACUUGCACCAAAUGGUGUGACAUUCAUUAGCAUUCUCUUGGCAUGUAACAAUGCGGGGUUAGUUGAAGAAGGUUGUCAAAUUUUUGCUUCCAUUAGGAAUAACCACAAUAUCGAGUUGACAAGAGACCAUUUUACUUGUAUGAUUGAUUUGUUAGGACGAGCAAGGAGAUUUGAAGAGGCUGCAAUGUUGAUAGAGGAGGUGAAAAAUCCAGAUGCAAUAUUAUGGAGGACACUACUGAAUGCAUGCAAGAUUCAUGGAGAGGUAGAGAUGGCAGAGAAAUUUAUGAGAAAAAUGUUUGAUCACGCUCCCAGGGAUGGAGGAACCCAUAUUCUCUUAACGAAUAUUUAUGCUUCGGCUGGAAAAUGGGACAAUGUGAUUGAGAUGAAAAGCACGAUAAGAGAUUUGAGGUUAAAGAAAAGUCCUGCAAUGAGUUGGGUUGAUAUCAAUCGGGAAGUUCAUACUUUUAUGGCAGGAGAUUUAUCUCACCCUAGAGCUCAUGAGAUUUUGGAAAUGUUGCAUGAAUUAAUAGAGAAGGUUAAAACCUUGGGUUAUAACCCUGAUACCAAAUUUGUGUUGCAGGAUAUGGAUGAAGAGAAAAAGAUUAGUUCUUUAUAUUAUCACAGUGAAAAACUAGCUAUAGCUUUUGCUUUAUGGAAGACUUGUAAUAGGAGUACUACUAUCAGAAUUUUCAAGAAUCUUAGAGUCUGUGGGGACUGCCACAGUUGGAUUAAAUUUGUUUCUUUACUUACUGGGAGAGAUAUAAUUGCUAGAGAUGCAAAGAGAUUCCAUCAUUUUAAAGGAGGGAUAUGUUCCUGUAAAGAUUAUUGGUGAUCUCAAAUUUACAAUUUAUUUUUACAGAUGUGAAUAACACAAUUUGUCUUAUAAACAAAAUACUAAACAGACAAAUCUGUGAUGGUUCACUCAAGUGUUCUUACACUUGAGUUAAACCGAAUUAUCGAUGUACAUUUUACUAUGAUUUAGUUGUUAUAUAGUUAAUAUUCAAGCAAACCAAUGUUAAUUU